AUGGAACUAUUGAAGUGACUUUAAGAAAUUUUCUAGGAACUUUAGAACGUUUCACAGAAACAGAGAAUGAUGUAGUGUUUCUUUUAGAUGAAUCGGGUAGUGUAGGAAGCGAAAAUUGGUCUGCUGUUAAAGAAUUUACUCAGUUAACCGUACGUCAUCUUUCAGUGUCUCAAGAACAUAGUAGAGUAGCAAUAGUUCCGUUUGCUACAAAUCCAAGAAUCCAUGUGAACUAUAUCAAGGACAACCAAGGAAACAACAUGUGCACACUAUUAAAAAGUAUUGAUCAUAUAAGUUAUGUUGGAGAGUAUACGCAUACUGAUAGAGCUUUGAACAUGGCAGAAAAUAUCUUGAAACAAGGAAGAACUUAUUCUAAUAAAUUAAUAAUUUUGAUUACUGAUGGCCGAAGCAAUGGACAUAACAGUCCAAUUCCAAUAGCACAGCGACUAAAAGCAAGAGGUGUGAUAAUAUUUUCCGUUGGAGUAGCUAACGUUAAUACAGAAGAAAUAAAUAUGAUAGCAACGUCACCAAAUCAUAUUUACAUUUUGAGAAAUUUUCUAUACAUUAAAGAAGUAAAUAAAAAAUUAAUUGAAGAUACUUUUGAAGUGGCUUGGGACCAAGUCACAGACUCGUUGUGUGACAAGAAAUGUGAUGAAAAUGCAAACUGUUUUUGUGGAACCAGAGGGGGUGCUUACCAAUGUGUUUGCAAAGAAGGUUAUUAUGGAAAUGGGUACCAAGGCGAUUGUUACAAAUGCCAAAAGGGAACAUAUAAAGAUUCAACGGGGAAUACAAAAUGCACAUCGUGUCCACAGCAUUCAACAACAUAUGGUGAAGGAAGUACUAGUGUGAAUGAUUGUAAAUGUGUAACAGGAUAUGAAAAAAAUGGUACAUUAUGUUCACCUGUCAAAUGUGCUGUUCUUCAUGCUCCUGAAGGAGGCAUUUUAAUACCAGCAAACUGCAACAAUACUUAUGGAUCAAGAUGUGAAUUUCAAUGUAAGAAAGGCUAUUGUCCUUAUUCUUGCAGUCAAAACGGCCCCUUGUUUCAAAUGAAUGAACGGAAUGCUUUUUCGCUUAAACCCAGAACAUGCUUGGAAACCGGAAAAUGGAGUGGAGAGGAUUUCUAUUGUGAACAAAUUAGAUGUCCAGCAUUAGACCAUCCACUACAUGGAAAACAUAACUGCUCGAAAUCGAAUUUUGGUCUCGGUACAGUUUGUCAUUUUUCAUGCGAGAAGGGCUAUAAGUUAUUUGGUUCAAACACGCGAACAUGUCUUAGAAGUGAUGUUUGGAGUGGUGAUCUUGCACUUUGCAAUGAAAUUCAUUGUGAUCCUUUGAAAACGAAUGCUGUCUUGAAGGUUAAGCCAGGUGCUUGUGGAGAAAAAACAAUGCCUUACAAGUCCAUUUGCCAAUAUCACUGCAUCUCGGGAUAUAAGCUUGUGUCAAAAUUGGGAAAUGAAACGAAUGGAACAAAUGAAUGCCUUGCUGAUGGAUUCUGGUCGAAUGAAAAGAAUAAGAUCAGUUGUAAAGAUAACGAACGGCCAAGAAUCAGAUGUCCAAAAGCAGUUCAAGUAAAUACGAAACAAGGAAAAGACAGAGCCACAGUUACAUGGCCUAAACCAGUAGUCACAGACAAUGUUUAUGUGAACGCUAUUGAAAUAAUCCAGCCAAAAGGGUUAAAAGAAAACCAACCGCAUGCCUUCCCUAUUGGAGAGACUAAAGUCGUAUAUGAGGCUAUUGAUGAAUCCAAUCUUUCCAGUACUUGCUCUUUUACAGUCACUGUCGAAGACAUUGAACCUCCCAAAAUACUUUAUUGCCCAUCAGAUAUUGAAAUUUCAACAGAAACAAACGACAAAAUACCAGUUAACUGGACUGAACCUGUAUUUGAGGAUAAUUCCCGAAAGAUACAGACCAUUUUAAGCAACAAACAAUCCGGAGAUGAAUUCGCAUGGACUCCAAAACCUCAGUUUAUAGAAUAUGUUGCAUCUGAUCCUUCGGGAAACACUGCAGUUUGCAGCUUUUCUGUCAAAGUCAAAUCAUAUCCAUGCCCUUAUUAUGCUCCUCCUGCAAAUGGGUUCCUGAAGUGUGAUACAUGGCUUGGUGGGCGUUUAUGCGGCAUUCAUUGUCAGGAUGGUUAUGAGUUUGCUGGUGGGUCGAAUGUUCACACACUUUACCAGUGUAGUCAUACAAGUACUGGAAGUAAAAUUGGUGCCUGGGGACCUGUUCCAGGUUCUGGUGCGAGUCGGAGAUCUUUCAGAGUUCCUUGGCCAGACUGUGCACGAAUACAAAGCUUAGGAUUUGAUGUAUCUUUUGAAAUGGAUUAUGAAGUCGAAACAUGUACAGAAGCAAUAAUAAGAGAAAUGAAGCAAAAGUUUAUUGAUACACUUAUGCCAAUAGAAAGAAAAUUUCGUGGCAUGUUUUGUCCAAAGGAUAAAGGCUGCAAACCAGAGAACGUGAAUAUUACUUGCGGUUCAUCUUCAGCUCGGACAAAACGUCAGCAACUCCCCAAUACAAAUCUGCCACAGAAUCCAAAUGGGCAAAUAAGUAUGAAAACGUUUUGGGGCCCAAAGCCAUCUUCUCGUAAGAGACGAAGUACUUCGCCUCCUGUUCUUGCUAUUUCAUUCAAUAUAAAGAUAGAUUCUGAUCCAACCCAAGCAGCAAAACCACUAAAAGAAGAAGAAAUAAAAAAAAUUAUACUGGAAAAUGCUAACUCAAUACUCCAAACAGUUGAGGAAACUGUAUCAGAAAAUGUGAAAAAUGUGUACCAUAUUCCGACAGUUUCUAAGCCCAAGACGCUCUUUGACAUUUCUUUGGUGUGCUCCUCUGGUCAAGUGCGAAAUAACACCAUAUGCUUGAAUUGUCCUCCUGGAACAUUCAAGGAUGAUUUGGAAAAUACCUGCAGAGACUGUGCUGUUGCUACCUACCAAGAUAAAGAACGACAGUUAUCUUGCCUGCCAUGUCCUAAGGGUCAUACUACCUUUUUGACUAAAUCCACAUCAAUAGAAGAUUGCCGUGCUCCUUGUUCUCCUGGCUAUCACUCAGAUACAACUUUCGAACCAUGUGUUGCAUGUCCAUUAGAUACAUAUCAAGAGUAUUCUGGAAGAAAAACGUGUACCAGAUGUCCUGAUCGAAAGCAAACUUGGAAAGUAGGAGCAAAUUCUUCCUUGGAUUGCGUUUUCCCAUGCAAAACAGGAUCUUUUUCUGAAACUGGUUUUGAACCUUGCACGUUGUGCGAUGUUGGUUCUUAUCAGGAUAAGAAACAACAAAAAGAGUGCAUAAUUUGUCCAAACGAAAUGUCUACCGAAAAUCUAGGAACUGAAGACAGCAGUGGUUGCAUUGAAAUCAACUACUGUAAGCAAAAACAUCUCUGCGCUCCUCUUUCCAAGUGUUCAUCAACAAGAACUGGAUACAAAUGUAUUUGUCCGGAAGGUCUUCGUGGAACUUACUGUGAGGUAAACAUUGAUGACUGUGCAUCAAAGCCUUGUCUAAAUAAUGGUACCUGCACUGAUGCUGUUGGAGGAUACAUAUGUUCCUGCCCUAUAGGCUGGACAGGAAAGCAAUGUGAAGAGAACAUAAAUGAUUGCAUAAUAAAUCCUUGCCAGAAUGGUGGAAGUUGCAAAGAUUUGAUCGACGACUACGUAUGUGCAUGUGAAUUAGGAUUCAUUGGAGAAAACUGCGAAAUUAACAUCAACGAUUGUGAAUCUAAUCCAUGUCUUAAUAGCGGUAUAUGUUUUGACAUGCAAAAUGACUACAGAUGCUGCUGUACGAAGAAUUAUAAAGGGAAGAAUUGUGAAAUAAAAGUUGAUUUUUGUGAAGAUAUCAGUUGCUUUAAUGAAGGAACGUGUAUUUCUGAAGAUGAAGGCUUUACUUGCCUUUGCGAAUCAGGUUUUCAAGGAAAGUUGUGCGAAGAAAAUAUUGAUGAUUGCUCAAAUCAUACUUGUUUUAACAAUGGAACGUGUUUAGACGGGAUUGAUAGUGCAACAUGCGUAUGUCCUGAAAUGUACGCUGGAAUGCAUUGUGAAAAUGCUUUGUUUCCAGAAUUUGCUUUGAAGUACGAGGAAAGAUUGACAUCAAACUAUGUGGAGCUUGAAAACUCUCGCUUGCUUUAUGCAAUAACAGUGUCUUUUUACAUGCGAACCGAUUUCAAGGAUCCAAAAAGUAAAGCAACGCCAGUUUCAUACAGUUACAAAAAUAGCGAUGGAGUUGUAAUUGACAACGCAUUAACAUUUUUGGAUACUAAUCGGCUCAUCUUAUACAUACAUGGUGAGCCUUACCAUACUGAAUACUCCGCUAACAGGGAUUCAAUGUGGCAUCACUAUGCUUUGACGUGGGAACGUGAAAAUGGAAGAUGGUUCUUUUACGUUGAUGGAAAACUGAUCAUAGAAGGUAAUGACCAGAGCAAUGACAAAUACAUGAGGCCUGGUAUUUUCAUAUUAGGACAAGAACAAGACAGUCUUGGGAGCACAUUUAGUGUCUUAGAAGCUUUCGUUGGGGAGAUCACAGAGUUUAAUGUCUGGGAUUACGCACUUUCUGGAAAGGAAAUAAAAAAGAUAUCAUCUUCCUGCGGAUUUGUUGGAAAUGUCAUACAGUGGUUUGAAGCUCUGAAGCACAUUCAUGGAAGUAUAACAGUUUCAAAAGAUGUAGAUAUGUGUCAAAAGUUAGGAACCUGUUCUGAAGACAGCUGUCAUUGUUUUUAUGGAAACGAAACUUUAGGGAAUUCAUGCAAAUUUCCUAUUGGUGCUUGUGAAAUCGAUUCUUGUAAAAAUGACCAAGAAUGUAUAACAGAGGAUGAAUAUGGAUUUUGCAGUUGCAGUAAAGAGUUCACAGGAAGAAAAUGUGAAUAUGAUGUUGAUGAAUGUUUGGACAGUAAUGGUGGAUGCUCUCAUACUUGCGUUAAUGAUUAUGGAUCCUACCACUGUACGUGUCCAGGAGGCAUGCUCUUAGCUGCCGAUGGUCACCAUUGCAAAGAUGAUAGCUUUUGCCAAGACGAUAAAUACAGAUAUUUGGAUGGAGAAAAGUGGACUUCAUCAUGUCAGACAUGUUCCUGCAACAGAGGCAAAAUUGCUUGCGAAGAGAUAUCCUGUAAACCUAAUACUUGUGAGCCUGAAGAGCAUCUGACAGAUCUGCCGGGAGAAUGCUGUUCUAAAUGCGUUUCUUGGUCUUUGUGCCUUGCUUCGAGUAACAAUACAGUCGCAACUUUCAACUCUAAUGUGUUUGAUCUUGAAGGGAAUUGUACAUAUACACUUGUAGAAGAUUGCAUCAAAGGCAGCUUCAAAGUUGAAUUUGAAACAGUUGGAGACAAAUUUACUCAAAUAAAUUUGACUGUCUAUCACAACUGCCAUUCUGUUCGUAUUUUAAAAUCUGGAUCAGUAUUGGUAGACGACGAAGCCGUUUCUCUGCCGUUUUCUUCAGAUACAAUCUUAAUAAAAUCCAAGACGUCCAGCAUUGAAAUUUUUACUGACUCUCAUCUACAUGUUCAAUGGCAUUCAUAUGGAGAAGUACUCAUUGCAGUGCCAGUAGAACACUCUAGAUCGUUGUGUGGUUUAUGUGGAAACAUAGAAAAUUAUAUGAGUAACUCUAGAAAAUACCGUCUGCCCUUCCACUUUGCUUCAGGAGGACGAAACUGCUUUGCACUUACAAAAAUCUCAGAAAAGAAUUCAAGUCCACAGAGCUCAUCGUUAUUUUCCGCUGUGCUCAGUUUCAUUUUAAGUUUUAUGUCAACCUAUAUGUUUUUUAAACAACUGUAAAAAUGUGUUAGUGGAAGCAGAACAAAAUAACUUAGUACAAACAAAUUAAAAUAAAAUGCGAAUUUCAUACUGGAUCAUAUCUAUUAAAAAAUGUUUUUUAAAAGAUACCGUCUAGUAUCAAAUGGAAUUUCUCAGCAAAACUCCUACGAGUCCGCUACUGCCAUUAAUGCAAUUUAUUAUUUCUGUUAAAAAUGUCUUACUGAAUUGUCAGGACGGAUUCUGAGGCGAUUGCCAGGAGCAACUACCCCGUUCAAACUUGCGGCAAUCAAAAUUUCGCAUUAGAUAUCUCUGGAGUUGGAUUCUCAGUUUCCGGUGGUGUUCAAUUUUACGUCGUUAAAUGCUUUUCGUUUAUCUUCAAGUUAACUUUUUUAACUUGCUUUUGAGUAUCAUGCAUUCUUCGUUAAUACAUUUGAGAAAAAACAUAAUAAGUACUACCAGUAAGAUACUUCAGUAACAGAAUUCGACUGAAAACUGUAUAAAUAGAGAUAAAUAAAUAAAAUUUACAAACAAAAAACGAAAAUAAGAAGUGCGCUUUCUUAAACCAACGAUAUUUUAACCACAAUUCAAGUUUAUUCGAUCUUUUACUCGUAAAGUCAUCCUCAUUAUAUAUUAAACGAACUAUAGUAUUAUAUAUCAUUUAUUUUGAAACAUUCAAUCACCAUAAAUAUAAUGUUUGGAAAUUGUUGGGAAAUUUUAAGAAUAUCAACGUUAUAUUUAAGGAAUAACUCGUACGUUAUUUUCUUUGAAUUUUGGCAUACCAAAAGUACUUUACUAGAGAUGCUCCUAAUAUGUUAGCUACUAAUGCUUCAAAGGGCCACGUAUACGCAGUGAGUUAUUUCAUGCUCGUUGCAUUUUUCCCUCAAAUGAUGUGCUUAAUGUAGUUCAUAAGUGCAUGCUUUCGCUUCAAGAAAAUUAAUCUUUGUUAACAAUAAUUCUUUAUUUAAAUUUACUAACUUAAAACCGGUAUCAAAAUUAAAAAAAAAUUUUUUUCCAUGUUUGCUUUCUAUAGUUAUUUCUAUGAAAAAAAAGGAAGUAAAAAAUUUUUAAAAUACAGCCGGAAAGAAAUAUUUGAAACAAAAGGAAGUGUGGAUGUUUGAACUUUUUGAGUUGUUUUGAAAAAAGAUGUGCAAACUGGAAUUUAAUUGGUUUCAUCUAUGAAAAGUUUUCCAAUCCUGCCUUGCAUUUCUACUUUGAACCUGAAAUAAAGUGUAUA